AUGAAACGAUGGUAUGCUACGUCCAAUGUAUCUGUUAGUCGUGGUAUUCUACAUUCUGCGGUAGAUAAUUUGUGUAAACGGGCCUUAAAGUCUCAGACAAAUGAUUCGAGCUAUCUACAUGAGACGGUGAAAUCUUUAAUAAAUAAAUAUCAUGUUCCAUUGGCAGAAUAUUUUGGCAUAAACCUGGAACAAUAUAACAAUAUAAACGCCAAAGAAGAAAUAUGGCAUAAAUUAAUGUCUAUCGAUAAAAUAUCUGCAGAGAUACGGUCAAAGAGGCAUGAUCUACUUACUUUAAAAAAUCAUCAAUACCGAGCUCCCCAGGUUCCAUAUAAUAAUUUCCUCAAAGCAUUAUACCCACAUAGAAAUAGAGGUUCUUUAAGUCUUAUUUCUCCUGAGGAGGACACUUCUAACUUUGGCAGUAAUGCGAUUAAAUACGAGCUGGUUAACCAUAAUUUGGUCUAUAGGUAUUACUGCGAAUUGCCUCAUCCUGCCCCAUCAUAUAUGAAACCAAACCAUUUAGACGAUUUCCUUAGUCGCUUUUUCUAUAGGAGAGAUUUUAUUAAGCCCAACUCAUUUUCCUCGUCAUAUGCAAGGUCUGCAAGUCUGAUGUAUAGUACAUAUAAUGAAAUGUUGGAACAAAGAGCAGAGCAUGUUGCAAUGUGUACAAAAAUUCUCAAUGACAUGAAGGAAUCUGAACUACCAUUAUCUAUACAAGAACAAAACCAUUUUCUCUUCAUGAGCUUUUUCAAGGAUCGAGCAGAUAUUAUCGAGAAAGUUGAAAAUUCCGUCAAACAGUUAGCGGAAACUGAUGGUCAAGAUUCAUACCCAUUACCUGAUAACAACAAGUUUGAUUGGAAUAUAUAUCAACUGAUAAAACACCAGUUCAAGGAUGAAACCUCAAAAUUAAAUAUUGGUACCUAUAAUACUCUAUUGUUUAUUGCCAUGAGACACAAUAGACAUGAUGUGGUGACUGAUAUUCUUCAAGACUUGGGCUUGAAAGAUAUACUUAAUCAUGAGAAGCAUAUUAUGAAUGAAAUGAAUACCACACCAAAUCGUGAAACACUUGAACUCUUACUUGAUUAUUUUUCGUCUCAAGCAUAUAAAGAAAUGUCGGAGAAUCAAAACUCAAUACUAGCAUUUUCAAAGAUUGUAAACUAUUUGGCAGAUUCAACUCAUAUCACAUUAGAUGUCAGAACCAUAAAUAAAGUUAUAAAAGGCCUAACAAAUAUGAGAAAUAUUGAAGAAGCUGAACUUUUAGUUUCAAAGUUAUUUUUUGAUCCGCUGUUCGAAGACACAGAAAAGACAUUAUUUGAAAAAUCAAACCCAGAAUUGGAUUUGUAUAAGGCUUUAACAUCGGAUGAUAAACAAUUGUAUAAGAAGUUAUUGAGGCUGUACGAUGCUUUGAGGGAAAUAUUAUUAUCGCAGAAUAUCAAUGACGAUUUAGAGCCUUACAAGCUAAUGCCAAAUGAAGGUUCGUUUCGCCCAUUAAUUAAUUCUUAUUGUUCACCCAAUAAUGACGAAACCUCCUUUCAGAAAUCAGUCUAUAUAAUGAAUGUUCUUGAGAAUCAAUAUGGAUUGCCUAUAACUACCAGAAUAUUUUAUGCAUUGUUUUCCAAAUUCAUUGAAAUUAACAAGUAUAGUUCCCGUCACUCGGCAGAUUGGAAUUUGGAAGGACUAAAUCAUAUUACAGUAAAGCUAAUAAAUGCACACGAUCGGUCAUAUGGGUUCAAUCAAGAUGCCAUUAUGAGAAAUAAACUAGAUGAGUUGGUCCUUUCAGCUCAAUUAAAGUCAUUCGUAGAUAAAACUAUAGAUGGAAAGAAAUUGGGACAUAUUCCGAAAGAUAGAGGUAACUUUGUUAAGCUUUCAGAUACCAUAGUCCAUCAAGUAUUUCGGGCUUAUGUUUCAGUACUUAAUAAUGAUACAACUUUAACUUUAUCGCAGAAGAAAGAAUUUACAGGCACCAUUGAGUUACUAAGAAAAGAUUUAUUGAAUGAUAUAAAAAGUAUAAGAGGCUCACAUCCAUCGCCUAAGGGUGUUCCAAAGCUGAUGGUUUACAUUAAUGAUGAAAUCAGCUACCUAAAGAAAGGAUUUAUAAUCGAUUUAAUAGAUCUGACGUAUUCCAUAUGA